CGCGGUAGUAGCCGAUGUCCGGGGUGUCGCUAUGGGGGCCCGGGGGGCUUCCGCGGCCCGCGUCGGGACUGAGGCCCUGCCAUAGGCCCCACCGAGUCGCCCCCGCCACCUUUCCGGGUCAGGCGCAGGCUCCCCGCAUCCCCCUUGGCAUGGGAGAACCAGAGGAGGUGGUGCCCGGUUCGGGUGCUGUGUUUACAUUUGGAAAAACUAAAUUUGCUGAAAAUAUUCCCAGCAAAUUUUGGUUUAAAAAUGACAUACCUACAUUUCUUUCAUGUGGAGAUGAACAUACUGCUAUUGUUACAGGAAAUAAUAAACUUUACAUGUUUGGCAGUAACAACUGGGGCCAGUUAGGAUUAGGAUCAAAGUCAACUAUUAACAAGCCAACGUGUGUCAAAGCUUUAAAACCUGAAAAAGUGAAAUUUGCUGCCUGUGGACGGAACCACACCCUAGUUUCAACAGAAGGAGGCAAAGUAUAUGCAGCUGGAGGAAAUAAUGAAGGACAGCUGGGACUUGGUGACACUGACGAGAGAAACUCUUUUCAUCUAAUUAGUUUUUUUACUUCCCAGCAUAAGAUUAAACAGCUCUCUGCUGGAUCCAACACUUCAGCUGCACUAACUGAGGAUGGAGAGCUUUUUAUGUGGGGUGACAAUUCCGAAGGGCAAAUUGGUUUAAAGAAUAUAACUAAUGUGUGUGUCCCUCAACAAGUGACUGUUGGGAAACCUAUCUCCUGGAUCUCCUGUGGAUAUUAUCACUCAGCUUUUGUAACAAUGGAGGGAGAACUGUACACAUUUGGAGAACCAGAGUCUGGGAAGUUAGGUCUACCCAAUCAGCUGCUGGUCAAUCACAGAAUGCCCCAGCCGGUGCCUGGAAUUCCUGAGAAGGUGGUCCAAGUAGCUUGCGGUGGAGGGCACACCGUGGUUCUCACAGAGAGAGCCGUGUAUACCUUUGGGCUUGGACAGUUUGGUCAGCUGGGUCUUGGUACCUUUCUUUUUGAAACCUCAGUACCCAAAGUCAUUGAGCAUAUUACGGAUCAGAAAAUAAGUUCCAUUUCCUGUGGAGAAAAUCACACAGCUCUGAUAACAGAUUUAGGUCUCAUGUAUACUUUUGGGGAUGGUCGACAUGGAAAAUUAGGACUUGGACUGGAGAAUUUUACCAAUCAGUUCAUUCCCACUUUGUGCUCCAAUUUUUUGAGAUUUAUAGUUCAAUUGGUGGCUUGUGGUGGAUGCCACACACUUGUUUUUGCCACUCCGCGACCCGGCGGGACAGAAGAAUUGGAGUUAGAAGAAAUCAACGAUUCUUACUUUCCUGCAGCGCCUUCUCUGCUCCUCAGCGAUCUGAACUCAGGCAGUGUACUGCACAGAACUCUACCAGCACGUGUGCGGCGAAGAGAGAGGGAGAGAUCGCCUGAUGCUUUUCAAAUGACACGAACACUACCUCCAAUUGAAGGAACUUCUGUGCCACCUGUUAGCUUUUCCCCCACCCCAGUUCCUUUCUAUAUGUCUGCAGGUAAUUGGCCAGGGAAAAUGAUACUUGAAAAGGAGGACCCCGUGCAACCAGUGGAACCAGAUUAUUUUCGGGAUAAAAUGGCCAAAGGGAAAGAAGCAGACAGUUCUUCAGCCGGAGAUUCAGAAAGCCUUGGAGAAACUACUGAUGUCUUAAAUAUGACACAUAUGAUGAGCCUGAAUUCCAAUGAGAAGUCAUUAAAAUUAUCACCAAUUCAGAAACAAAAGGAUCACGAAUUUUCAGAAGAUGAAUUCGAGGACGUGGAUGAGGAAAUUAAUGAAUAUCCGGAAGGCAAGAAGAACAUACCAACGGAUGAAGCCAAGGACAACUCAGUUGAAAAGGACAAGAAAACCAACCAUGAAGAACGGGCUAUUUGUGAAUACAAUGAAAAUCCAAAAGGAAACAUGCAUGAUCGUGCAAAGAGCAGAUCUUCUGAAGUCCUGGAAGACAGUGAAUCAACACCAAGUAAAGAAGUCAAAAAAUCAAAGAAGCUUCAAGUUCUGGGCCACAUGCAGCUCCAUGAGAAAAGAUGCUGGCUUCUGCAGGUUACCCACAUCGUCAAAACUAAAAAUGGAUCUGGAGACUCACCGCUAGAAGAUGAUGAAGUCGGGUAUUCACACGCUAGAUAUAAAGAUACCCCAUGGUGCUCCCCCAUCAAGGUGAAGUAUGGGGAUGUGUACUGCAGGGCCCCUCAAGGAGGAUACUACAAAACAGCCCUGGGGACUAGGUGCGACAUUCGCUGCCGGAAGGGCUACGAGCUGCACGGCUCUCCGCAGCUGGUGUGCCAGUCAAACAAGCGGUGGUCCGACAAGGUCAUCUGCAAGCAAAAGCGGUGUCCCACCCUGGCCAUGCCGGCCAAUGGAGGGUUUAAGUGCGUAGACGGCGCCUACUUUAACUCCCGGUGUGAGUACUACUGCUCGCCAGGGUACACGUUGAAAGGGGAGCGGACGGUCACGUGUAUGGACAACAAGGCCUGGAGUGGCCGCCCAGCCUCCUGUGUUGAUAUGGAACCUCCUAGAAUCAAGUGCCCGAGUGUGAAGGAACGCAUCGCUGAACCCAAUAAGCUGACGGUCCGGGUGUCCUGGGAGACCCCGGAAGGAAGAGACACAGCGGAUGGCAUCCUGACUGAUGUUAUUCUAAAAGGCCUCCCCCCAGGCUCGAAUUUUCCAGAAGGAGACCACAAGAUCCAGUACACAGUCUAUGACAGAGCUGAGAACAAGGGCACUUGCAAAUUUCGAGUUAAAGUACGAGUCCGACGCUGUGGCAAACUCAACGCCCCGGAGAAUGGUUACAUGAAGUGCUCCAGUGACGGCGACAAUUACGGGGCGACCUGUGAGUUCUCCUGCAUCGGUGGCUAUGAGCUGCAGGGCAGCCCUGCCCGAGUCUGUCAGUCCAACCUGGCCUGGUCUGGCACAGAGCCCACGUGUGCAGCCAUGAAUGUCAACGUGGGUGUGAGAACAGCAGCGGCACUUCUGGAUCAGUUUUAUGAGAAAAGGAGACUCCUCAUUGUGUCCGCUCCCACAGCCCGGAACCUUCUCUACAGGCUGCAGUUGGGAAUGCUGCAGCAAGCACAGUGUAGCCUGGAUCUUCGACACAUCACGGUGGUGGAGCUUGUAGGUGUGUUCCCGACCCUCAUCGGCAGGAUAGGAGCAAAGAUCAUGCCUCCAGCCCUAGCCCUGCAGCUCAGGUUGUUGCUGCGCAUCCCACUCUACUCCUUCAGUAUGGUGCUCGUGGAUAAGCAUGGCAUGGACAAGGAGCGCUAUGUCUCCCUGGUGAUGCCUGCGGCCCUCUUCAACCUGAUCGACACUUUCCCCUUGCGAAAAGAGGAGAUGGUGCUGCAAGCUGAAAUGGGCCAGACCUGUAACACCUGAUGUCACGGUUCCUCUCUUGGUGGUUCCUCCUCUCGUUCUCCACAGUACUAGGCACAUGGAAAGGCCAGAAAAAUAUUCUUGAUGUACAGAUUUUUAUUUGUAAUUUUUAAAGUCUAUUUUAAUAUGAGCUUUCUUUGCACUUAAAAAUUACCAUGGUGCUUUUUGUACUUUGAAGUGUACUCCCCAGAAAUGGUGACUAUGAUAGGUACUCUUUCUCCUUCUUCCAAUCAUGGCUGGUCAACUUUCUAGAGAAAUUAGAAACUACAACCUUCUACAUGCUUUCAGUGUGUUAUUCAGUGUAACACAUAACUUACUUCUAUUUUGUUUUUUAUAUAAAACAUAUUAAUAAAAUAUUUUGGAGCAGA